UGCGAGCCUUCCCCCACAUGCAUGCGUGCCUGCCCUGUGCAGCAACCCCCGCCGGAAUUAUUUGUUGACAUAAUCACCAACAGUCGACCGCCUCGAAAGGUCGAAGACUUCGACAGAUCGUACCAUCACAAGCCUGGCCAACAGCAACACUUUCUUCUCCCGCCUACUGUCAGACGUCGUCAACAUGUCGCCCACCGUCCAUAUAACCUCGCCACAACACUUCAGCCAAGUCCUCUCGUCAUCCCGCAUCGUCGUAACAGACUUCUACGCCGAUUGGUGCGGCCCCUGCAAAGCCAUCGCCCCUGUCUACGAACAACUCUCCACCCAACUCUCUCGCCCAGGCACCAUAACUUUCACCAAAGUGAACACGGACACCCAAAAAGAGAUCGCUCAGACCUACAACAUCACCGCCAUGCCGACCUUCAUGAUCUUUAAGGCCGGCCGCGAGACCAAACGGAUACGUGGUGCCGACCCCAAAGCGCUGGAUCAGGCUGUCAAGCAAUUGGCGCAAGAAGCAGGUCGAGCGGACGAGGGUGGUGCUGCGGCGGGAGAGGCGAGCUCGAGUGGUGCUGCGUGGUUAGGUGUGGGCGUGCCGAGAGGGUACGUGGAUGUUACGGAUCAGGUCGACGUGCUGGGACUGGACUUUUUGAACCUGGACGGGGAGAAGGGUGAUAAGAGGACGGUAUUUGACGGCAAUAAACCAAGUUCUCUCGGUGCGGGUAAGAGGAAAGACGGAGCGAAGAACGAUUGGAUAGAAAGCGACACGGACGAGCAACUCAUGCUUUUCGUGCCGUUUCAGUCAACGCUCAAGCUACACAGCAUACACCUAACCUCGGUGAUACCUGCAGAAGGCACCGGCGACGACGAAGUCAUGCGGCCAAAGACGCUCAAAAUCUUUACGAACCGAUCGACUGUGGUGGGGUUCGACGAAGCGGACGACUUGCCUUGUACGCAGGAGAUUGAGUUGAAAGAGUCGGACUGGGAUGCUAAGACUGCCACUGCGAAAGUGGAGCUACGGUAUGUCAAGUUUCAGAAUGUCAGCUCCAUUGUUAUCUUUGUUGCGGACGGUGAGGGUGAGGGCGAGAAGACGAGGAUAGAUCGGUUGCGGUUUGUAGGAACUGGUGGGGAGAAGAGGGAUAUGGGCAAGCUGGAGAAGAUUGGAGAUGAGCAGGGCGAGUAAUUCUGCACUCCCAUUAGCUUCGGUCUCACCCGAAGAGACGACUCAACGAGGAAGGUACGAUUACGGAAGGUGCGAAGCGACUCAAGCACUGCCCAUGAUGCAUUGCAUAUAGCGCAUGCUAUGUUGCAUACUGCUAGAAAGCGUAGACAGCAGUUCAUAUCGGCAGACUGCAUCCCCUUCGAAACACGCCCUGUGCGCCAUCAUGCAGACCCUCAUCCACGGUGUCCGUCUCACUUCCCUCAAAGGUACUCCACUAGUGAC